AUGACGCCUUCCCCAGAGAGGGACUUGGUCCUCGACUCAGCCUCCACAGCUGCCAUUGGAGAAUUUCAAGUCAGCAAGAAAAAGCGAUCUAGCUCGGAGCUGGCAGAAUAUCCCCGAAGGCGUGCUACUAUCGCAUGCCAAAUAUGCCGCCUACGAAAGACCCGAGAGCCAGGAAUCAAACUUGAUGCUGGCGACAAGUUGAUCAUUGAGAGGUUGAACAGAAUUGAAGGGUUGCUCCAAUCCAACCUCUUGGGACAAGCCUCUCACUUCCCGUUAUCCUCCACAUCCCCUGCCACCAGCAACGAUACGAAUGUGGGUAGUGAUGAUGCAGCUGCCAAAGCAUCUACUAUCGCGGCUAUGUCUGGGAGAACUUCGAUUGCUGGACUAGCGUCGUGGGCGAACCCCCCCACGAGCAUUUCAACGAUGCCCAAGGUACACACUACUCCUGCGCUGCACCUCUUACAAUGGCCUCUCAUUCGGGACCUUAUUGCCGGGCCUUACGAUGCUCAGGCAUUGCUGCAGCUCGAAAUGGCUCGUGAACCGCUGCGCAUUCCCACUUCUGUGGGAUUCGACUUAACAAACUCGGCCACUUAUGUGCAGGCAUUCUUCGAAAAAGUAAAUGUCUGGUAUGCCUGUGUCAAUCCCUACACGUGGACAACUUAUCAUAAUAAGGCUGUCUCCCGGAGUUUCCAAGAGGGGCCCGAGAGUUGCGUUGUUCUGCUUGUUCUGGCUCUAGGAAGUGCCAGCCACUAUGGAAGCAUCGCAUUCAUUCCCCCGGACAUGGAGCCGCCGGGGCUACCUUAUUUCGCAGCAGCAUGGAAUCUUCUCCCGUCUGUCAUGAUGCGCAAUUCUGUGAUCGCUGCUCAGUGCGUCGUCCUCGCCUCCGCCUAUCUAUUUUAUCUGGUCAGACCACUGGAGGCCUGGACGCUUCUAUCGAAUGCGAGUAUGAAACUACAGUUACUUUUUGGCGACCCCGCCCGUGUUCCCCUUCAAUGGAGAGAAUUGAGUGUGAGAGUGUACUGGAACGCUCUUUUGUACGAGAGCGACCUGCUCGCGGAAUUGGACCUACCUCAUUCUGGAAUUAUCCACUUUGAAGAACUCGUUGACCUCCCGGGAGGAUUUGAGGAGGAAGUCGAAGAAGAUGAAGAUGAUAUCGAAAACAGCGAUCGCGAAAGCGCCCCUGUGAACGGUUCCGCAGGUCGCGAGGAACUAUGGUACUUUUUGGCGGAGAUUGCGCUGAGGCGACUCUUGAACAGAGUCAGUCAUCUGUUAUAUCAGAAGGACAGUUCACUGACGCUCGGGUCGUUGGGGCCUAUUGUGUCGGAGCUGGACUUUCAGCUUUCACAGUGGUAUGACAAUCUGCCUCAACCAGUUCAGUUUCCCCUCAACCAUGCACCGAUUUCCAAUCCGGUACAAACGGUCCUUCGGCUGCGAUAUUACGCAUGCCGGACGAUUAUUUACCGACCGUAUAUACAAGCGGUCUUUGAGAAUGAGCAAGCCGCGGCAGACCAGGUGGUAAGAGAACGCUGUCGGCGGUGUUUGGAAGCUACACUGCGGCAGUUGGAGAACAUUACGAGCCACCGUGAGGGACAUCUCCCCUAUCUUUGGCAAGGCGCUCUCUCCAUGGUAUCACAGACCUUACUAAUCAUGGGGGCAACCAUGUCACCUGGACUCUCCACCUUACUGCCACCGGGAUUCAGAGUGGAUGCGAUCAUCUCCAGCGUAAUCACUGAGGUAGGAAGGUAUGCACAUCUCGCCCCAAGUCUCAAGCUGUCCGCAGAGAUUAUCCGCGACGCGGAGAAACGACGGAAGAUCUGUCUCAGGUCCACGACUGGACGCGUCUAG